CGUCCGACGUGUCCUUGGAAACUCCAAGUGCCUCACGCGCGCUGCAGCGGGUCAGGGGUUCAGAGCUAACGCGCAGAGCCCGUGAAAGAGUGAUGGAGGCUGAGGUUCGAGAUCGCCAUGAAUGACAAAUACCACAAGGCAGCUCGGGAUGGCUACCUUGAUUUGCUGAAAGAAGCGACGCGGAGGGACCUGAACGCCCCGGAUGAAGAUGGCAUGACACCGACUCUAUGGGCCGCUUACCACGGCAACCUGGAGGCGCUUCGGCUGAUUGUAGGGAGAGGGGGGAACCCAGAUAAGUGUGACAUAUGGGGGAACACGCCACUCCACCUGGCUGCCUCCAAUGGCCAUCUCAACUGCCUGUCCUUCCUGGUGUCGUUUGGUGCCAAUGUGUGGUGCCUGGACAACGACUACCACACGCCUCUGGACAUGGCUGCCACCAAGAACCACAUGGCUUGCGUGCGCUAUCUGGACUCCAUCGCUGCCAAGCAGACAACCCUCAACCCCAAGCUAGUAAGCAAACUGAAGGACCGGGCUUUCCGUGAUGCUGAACGGCGCAUCAAGGAUUGCGUUAAACUGCAGCAGAAGCACCGGCGGCGCAUGGAGCGUAAAUUUCAGAGAGACACAAUGGAAGCAUCGGUCUCUGAUGCCAUGAGCUUCUCCAGCUAUGCCAGCAGCACCUUGAGUCGCAAGUUACACCACUUCAACACUGCCACUAAUGUGCCAUACUCCCAGGCUACUCUCCAUGCCACAGCCAGGGGCAAAACCAAGAUCCAGAAGAAGCUUGAGAAGAAGAAGCAAGGUGACGGGACAUUCAAGAUUUACGAAGAUGGCAGGAAGAGUGUCCGCUCUUUGUCUGGCCUUCAGCUAGGCAACGACGUCAUGUUUCUGAAGCAGGGAACGUACGUCAACCCUAAGGAUCGGACUCGUCGUAACAUCCGUGAUAUGUUCCGUAACGACAACGAGGAUGCUGUCUCACGUGCCAUCAGUGAACCCGACCUGCACGGCCAUGAUGUAGACUACUCAGAGAUCAGCACAGACUCGGGCCAUGACUCGCUCUUCAACCGGCCCGGCCUGGGCACCAUGGUUUUUCGUCGCAACUAUGUGAGCGGUGGACUUUUUGGCAUCGGUAGCAGAGAUGAAGGCAGUCUAGCAAGCAGCCAGCGUGUUGAUAACGUGCGCCUCCGCAGUCGGAUGCAUCGCGAGCCCGGCCUGGAUGAUGAUAGCAUCGGAAGCGCCCAUAGCCUGCAAGAGAGGAACAUACAGGAGCUGCCAUGGGAAGAGGUGGAGUUGGGGCUGGAUGACGAUGAUGAGCCUGACACUAGCCCUCUGGAAGUGUUCCUAGCCACACAAAACAUGAACGAGUUCAUUCCUAUCUUCAAACGGGAAAAGAUUGACCUGGAUGCCCUGUUGCUGUGCUCAGAUAAUGACCUCAAGAGCAUUCACAUCCCCUUGGGGCCUCGCAAGAAGAUCAUAGACAGCUGUCAGCGCCGAUUGGAGACCUUGGAGGAGCCAGGCUGCAUAGAAGACACUGAGUUGUGAGGUUCUGCCCUUAAUGUCUGUUUUUACCUCAGUGAAUGCUGAAGAAAAAGAGUUUACAGAACUGUUGUUCCAUUUUUCUUUGAAGAUGGUAAUUUACUUCAUCAGCAUUUGGCCAGUGGACCAGAUAUGCUAAAGGAGUGUCAAGUCCUGCUCCUGGAGGGCCACUUUAUCUCUAGUUUCUCCUGAUCCUGGAGACCUUGAUUAGCUGGUUCAGUUAAACACACGUUUAAUUGGAAUCAACAAAACGAAAACAAUCUGUGUGGUAUGAAGAGAGUCUCUUGUAAUAUUUAUUUUUUAAUAGAGAGAUUUAUUGAGGAACAAUGUUGAAAUAGCUGAAAUAUUAUCUCUGUAACAACUGGCUAUAUUACCUCUUUAACUGACACAAACAAUGCAUUAUGCAUAAAAAUGGUAAUUCAGUUCAAAAUGAAUGGUUAUCACGUGUCAUGUGGCAAAUGCAGAGUGAAAAUGAGGUCACAUCUCAUAACACACACUCUUAGGCCCAAUCCCAAUUCUAUUUUAUACGACGAGAGGAUACAAUCGCUCUAAAAAGAUAAACGCACAGACGUAAAUACACGCAACUUCCAUUUCUCUCUCUCUCUCUCUCUCUCUCUCUCGAAUAGGCAAUAUUUGAGAAAAUGGUUUAGCGAUUUCUAAUUAUUGGGGGGAUUAGUCUACGGUUAUCGCCCUGAUCAGGCAUGUGCUGUGGCAGACAUAUGACAAUGAUAUGACGUUAGCAAAUAUUAGCUUUCUUUUUGAAAACAUUUCUUUGAGUAACAUGACCAUUAAUAUGAACUCACAAUUGAAUGUAACAUAAAACAAAUCUUUACUUUUCGUUAAAAUAUUUAUUUAUGCCAAAAAAAGCUUACAUUUAUGUGUCUUUCUGUUCGCUGUAGCAGCCAUGUUGCCGAGUUAAUUCAUACCCCUUCGUUUGAAGUGUGGUCCCAAAAAAUCUUCAUUUGAAGGGCUAUCUGGCCCUUCCCCUUACCCGUUCCCCUCCAACCAAAAGAGACUCGAGACACCCCUACCCCUUCACGUGAACGCGCGAAACAGAGGGGUAGGGGAAAAGGGGGAGGGCUAAGGGGUAGAAUUGGGAUUGGGCCUUAAUCUCAUAAUAUUUCUGCCCCCAUGGGGCAUAUAUCUCAGUGCCUGUGCAUUCUGUGUCUGCACAUUUGACAAAAUGUCAUUUAAGACAUAACGUGUGUAUAGAAGUUGACAAAUGUUUUAUAAUUCAGCUUUAGCUAGGUGUUGGACAGCUGAAUUGUGAGCUAAAUUUUGAAAUGUACAGAGAAUGGAUUAAUAGAAUCUGACCUCAGUGUUGCUGUUGUGGGGACUGUAUGUUGGAUGAAUGCACCCUCACAUUAUGUUGCACAUAAUGUUUAUAUGUAUCUGGCCAUAACACGUUUUUUGAAACACGAGUAAAUGGAUGAGCUGUGUGACUCAUGGUUGAGUAAGCGUACACAGUGAGUCCUGUUUUGAUUCUUGGAGCAUAGAUCUCAUUACCACCGAGUCAUUGAGUUUAUCACAACAGUAGUUUCUGGUUGAACUAAAGUAUAUUGUCAGUAAACAGUAUAGUUCAUGCACAGGUCUGGAGUACAGCAGAAAUCUGUGCUUGAGCUUUAACAUGACGUCUUCCUUCAACAUUCGUGAACACAAACAGCAUUUACAGCCAUGUUUUACAAUGCAUACAUCAACUUUAUUUAUAAUGUUAUUUAUUGUAAUGUAACUAUUAAAUUAAAAUUUGUGCAAAAUUUGUUUUUGUGGGACUGAUCAUUUGCUUUGAUUAGCAUGUUGACGUUUAAAGUGGGAAAUGUUCUGGACAAUACAUUUUGGUAAGUAUCAAAGUGCUGCAUUUACUUCUGCCCAAACUGUAACAGAUAGAGGUCAGCAGUCUCUACAAAGAGAUCAAAUGACCCAUUAGGAUAUGGCAAUAUUUAUGCUAAAUGUCCUUCCUGACUCAGGACAGAAAUAACUGGAAGACACAAAGCAACAAGCACGUACUCCAGAUGACAGCUCCACCUUACACUGAACCAGAGUUAGUAAGGUCACGAGGGAAGGCUUACACUUAUCAUGCUUUCUCUGACCUGGCAGGACAACAGCUUAGAUCUUUACCCGAGGCUACACUACACUACACUACAUUAAAUGAAAUUUGACUGUCUGCAUUACAGUCAUAUAUGUAGUGCCUUUGUUCAAAACUACACUCUUAAUAAGAUCUAAACUGGGUAUAAAGAGAUUUUCUGCUUUGGUCCUGCACAUUUCCCCACUGCACUACACAUUUUGUACUUUUAUGCUCUCCUUAUUUAAUAAAGCCAAUCCAGAUCGUCGGCUCAUCAGAAGAGUUCUUCAUAAACU